CUCUGACUGACAAGCCACCAAAGAUCCUUUAUCCUUCUGAGAACAAGAUCAGCAACAUGGAGCUGCAGCUAGGAAGUGCCCUGAACCUGACGUGCAGAGCUUUCUUCGGCUACGCAGGGGACGCCAGUCCGCUAAUCUAUUGGAUGAAGGGAGAGAAGUUCAUUGAGGACCUGGAUGAGGAGAGAAUCGAAGAGAGCGAAAUCAAGGUGGUCCGGGAGCACCUGGGGGAACAGGAAGUGGCCAUCUCCUUAACGAUCCCCUUGGUGGAGGAGGGGGACCUGGGAAACUACUCCUGCUACGUAGAGAACGGCAACGGGAGACGGCAGGCCAGCAUCCAACUCUCCAAAAGAGCAGAGCUGAUGUACACGGUAGAGUUGGCUGGUGGUUUGGGAGCCAUCCUGCUGCUGCUGCUCUUCCUCAUCUCUCUGUAUAAGUGUUAUAAGAUUGAGCUCAUGCUCUUCUACAGGAGACACUUCGGCAGCGACGACCUGGAUGGAGAUAAUAAGGACUAUGAUGCGUACCUGUCCUACACUAAAGUAGACCCUGACCAGUGGAGUCAGGAGACCAAGGAGGAGGAGCGCUUUGCCCUGGAGAUCCUCCCUGACGUCCUGGAGAAACACUACGGAUACAAACUCUUCAUCCCAGACAGAGACCUCAUCCCCACGGGAAGUCUGGCCAAUGAGCUUUACCAGGAUGACACAAGACUUCUUAGAGCCUACAUCGAAGACGUGGCGCGCUGUGUGGACCAAUCCAAGCGCCUCAUCAUCGUCAUGACGCCCAACUACGUGGUGCGGCGGGGGUGGAGCAUCUUCGAGCUGGAGACACGCCUCCGCAACAUGCUGGUCACCGGGGAGAUCAAGGUGAUUCUGAUCGAGUGUGCCGAGCUGCGUGGCAUCAUGAACUACCAAGAGGUGGAGGCCCUCAAACACACCAUCAAGACCCUCACCGUCAUCAAGUGGCAUGGCCCCAAGAGCAACAAGCUCAGCUCCAAGUUCUGGAAGCAGCUGCAGUAUGAGAUGCCCUUCCGCCGCACCGAGCCAAUGCUGAGCCACGAGGCAGCGCUGGAUGUCAGCGAGCAGGGCCCCUUCGGCGAGCUCCAGACCGUCUCCGCCAUCUCCAUGGCAGCCGCCACCUCCACCGCCAUGGCCACGGCGCACCCGGAGCUCCGCUCGUCCUUCCACAACUCGUACCACACCACCAUGCGGCAGAAACACUACUACCGCAGCUACGAGUACGACCUGCCGCCGGGGGGCACGCUGCCGCCGCUGUCAUCUCUAGGCAACCAGCACACCUACUGCAACAUCCCGCUGACGCUGCUGAACGGACAGAGGCCGCCGGCGGGGAAGAGCCGCGAGCACAGUCUGGAGGAGGAGCACACUAACCACGCCAUGCUGCCGCUGUUGCCCAGGGAGACCAGCAUCUCCAGCGUCAUCUGGUGACCGGGACAGGAUAGAACCAUGCGACACUAGUGGUUUGGUCUGGCCUGGUUUGGAUCACUUUGGAUUGGUUUGGUGGCGUAGUCAUGCUUCUAUGAGCCAGUUCUGAUUGGCUACUGUAGCUAUAGCUGAGAGAUUGUGACGAGUUUGGGUUGGAAUGGACCCCUGUCAACAGGCAAGACAGGGUCAAGGCAGGUUUGGAUUUAACGUGGCCCUCAUGUACACAGAGGAGAAGUUCUUCACCCGAGGAUUAAAGAUUCAGACUGACAACAACAAACUGUUUGAUCAAGAGACAACAGAGUUUGAUCAAAAUGAACUCGUGAAUACAAAAUAAAAGAACCCACACACUUUGGCACUUGUGCACUUGCACACACACUUGCACACACACACACAUACACUCACACACACUAAAGGAAAACAGGGUCUUGUACAUAUAUUUCCAAUGUAUUUGUAGCAUCAGUGUCUUCCUGUUUUUUGUUCAUAUGUUGUUUUUUAUUCAAUCGUGUGUGUUGCCUUCUCUACUUUAAGACUUUGCUUUAACUUGUCACACAGAUUUAUAUAUUUCUAUUUUUUCUGUUUUUUCUUUGUUAAAAAUGUUUUUUUUUUUUUUUUUUUUUUAUAUGCUUAUGAAGAAAGCCAGUAUGUCAUAUAUCUGCGCUGUUGUGUUUUUUUAUCUUGACUUUGUGUAGUUUAAGAUAUAUAUUAUUUUCUUUUACACUUUUGGGGAAUUGCUUGGACAUUGCAACGUUUUACUUCAAGGAGCAACAUCUUAUUUUUGUUGACCUGUAUAAGGUGUAUAUCUAGUUUUAAAAACACUUUAAAAAAUCAUAGAAUAUGCAAAAAGAAGGAGGAGCUACCGGUGAUGUUGAUGUAACUUCCUGUGGGCCAGAGGAAGGGGAGAAGUUAGGGAGUCAUGCUAGUCUUCUCCAGUCAGCCAGUCGGUCAGUCAGAGUUUCAUAUUUUCUAUAAAAACAAACAGCCUUGCUGUUUUAGCGUGAUAGUGAAAUGCCUCACCUUAAAAAUAAAUCUGUAGAUUAUUUUAAAAAUAAGUAUAUUUUUAUAACAAAAAGAGUUUGCUUGAGAAGUCAUACUUAUUUACGUUUCAUCUGACAUUUAGGGAGAGGUAUGCAGUGUGUGUAAUGCAGGUUUUGUACACUACUUUGCUAUAUGGGUCAUGGUUUGUUAAGACAACAAGAUGGAUUUUGAGUCCCUCAUGAAAAUAUUCUUAGAUUCAAAAAGUGAAUGCAUUUUCAAUGUUUUGGUUGAGUUGUUUAAGUAUUCUUUCCAUCCUGAGAAUCCUUUGUUUUUAAUCCAUAGGAUAGGUCAUGUUUAAAGAAAGAAGAAGCAUAAGUCUGUGCUUUGGAAUACUUUUUAUUAUUAUAUUUGAAGGUGUAAUUUCUGAGUAUGCAUAGCAAAUAGAUAUGUAUUCUAUAUAUGAUAUAGAUAUUUAUAUAAAUAUAUAUAUAUAUAAACACGAUUUUCACUUGGAAAGAAAUGUCUAUCUUUAUAGAAACACAAUCAUACUUAUCAGUUGCCCUUACUUUCUCACUGCACAUUAAAAAUGUUGAUCUCC